AUGGUUUUGAAUAAGAAACCGGGUAUUGGGAACUUUACGCUAGGAAGAAAAAAUAAGGGAGACAUCAUCUCAGGGCAUGCCCAUAAUCGGAUUGAUGGCAGACUCUACAAUCUUAAGAAAGAUGUCUCUGUCCAAGACACUAAGCAUCGUAAGACACUUGCUGAGCUAGAAACAGGUGUAGAUGUUUUGUUUGAUAGCUUUGCAAGGUUAGAUUCACGUAUUUCAAGUGUUGGCCAGACAGCUGCAAAGAUAGGAGAUCAACUUCAGAGUGCAGAUGCUCAACGGGUUACAGCCAGUCAAACGAUUGAGCUGAUAAAGUACUUGAUGGAGUUCAACAGCAGCCCAGAAAACCUAAUAAAGCUUUCUCCUCUAUUUUCUGAUGACAGCCGUACUGCGGAGGCUGCUUCGGUUGCCCAAAAAUUACGGUCAUUUGCUGAAGAAGAUAUUGGAGGACACGGCAUAGCUGCCCCAUCAAUGAUAGGAAAUGCAACUGCUAGCAAAAGAUUAGAAUUUGCUGUUACUAAUCUACAAGAGUAUUGCAAUGAAUUGGAGAAUAGAUUUCUGGCUCGGUUUGAUGCAGCAUCACAGAAAAGAGAUUUGUCUGAAUGUGCCAAAAUUUUGUCACAGUUCAAUAGGGGUACAAGUGCCAUGCAACAUUAUGUAGCAACACGUCCAAUGUUUAUUGAUGUGGAAGUCAUGAACGCUGAUACUAGGUUGGUUCUUGGUGACGAUGGGGCACAUGCUAGUCCUAGUAAUGUAGCUAAAGGGCUUUCGUCAUUGUACAAAGAAAUCACAGAUACUGUUCAGCAGCAAAAAAGUGUAUUCCCUUCACCCAAUGAGGUUAUGUCGAUUUUAGUUCAGCGAGUUCUAGAGCAGCGAGUCACUGCCCUUCUGGACAAAUUAUUAGUAAGGCCAACUCUUGUAAAUCUACCUUCCUUCCAUGGAGGAAGGUGGACUUCUAUUAUAUCUCAGAAUUCUAGCAGUAACAUAUGA